AUGGAUAGACCGACGAAUGACAUUUGGCGAACUAGAGGCUGCAACUCAUGGUACAAGAGCUUGUAUGUACAUCCACCCCCCCCUUCCUCUCCUUACUUACUCCUCUCCUACACACACAUAUCUAACACACCCACAGCGUUCCUCGCAGUCCUCCUCUGCCGCCGUCAUCCCUACGACAACAAAUCCCGAGACGGAACAAAACAAGACUGGUACCUCUGGGACCCCACCAGUAAACUCCUCCCCCCUUCCACCUCCACUACUACUUCUCCACAUCUCCCCCACCGCCGCCGCAAAACAAUUCUAAGCGUCUGGCGCGACCAAUCCAAAUUCCAACCCGCCCCAGGAACUAUACUUGCCUUGCGCAACCUCACAAUAGACAAACACUGGAAUGACACCCUGGCCGACCAGAGCUGGAAAGAGAUCCUCGACGAUGAGCACUGGGACGAGCGCAUCGGCCCGCCGGUCAAGAUGAUGAAGGUCGGCCGCGGCACGGGACACGGGAACAUCAACGCCUUCCCAACGACCCCCGUGGAGUGGUUCCUGCUGGACGCGAGUGGCGUGGAGGGCUAUAGGGCUGUGAAAGAGUGGUGGGAAAGCGUUGGGAGGAGGGAGUGGGAGGCUGAGGUUAGGGUUGAUGAGAGGUUGAAGAGGGAGAUUGGAGCGAGGAGGGAAAGCAUGAGGAGGGAUAGGGAGGCGGUGCUUGCAAGGCAGAGGAUUUGUGACGGUGCUGGAGGUGGGGGGGAGGGACUCAAGAGGAAGAGAGAAUCCGAAGAAGACUAUGCCGGAACGGACGAUUUGGAAACCGAGAGGCUUAUGAUGGAGGAAUUGAAGAGAGAUCGGAAUUUUGGUAACGGGUAGCCAACAACCUACACAGAGCUACCAAUGAUUCGUCCGCGCGUUAUAACUUAGAAAAUAUCCUGAAGUAUUUCGUUUAUCCAUCUAUUCAUUCAUUCAUCCGCUCAUUGUUUAUCAGCCAUGGGCGUACGGAUGAGUAUCUAUCUAUCUAGAAGCCAUAAUCCAUUCAUCUAUGAUACAC